AUGACAGACUAAGCACUCUGCGCUCUGCACUGCUACUAUGCUGCUAUACGAAAGAAGCUGAUCCUACCUCCUGUAUGCCAGCUUAAUGCAUCAUUAGCAUUCCCUGGACCAGCUCAGGACAAAAGCUGCAAGUUUUCUACAUUUCAGCAUGAAUCCUUUACUGCUACUAACAUGGGCUGCUAUGUUCCAGGGAGGACAUUCAAGCCUUGCAGAAUGGUGCUACAAUGACCUGGUCUCCCCCCUCUAUUUCACAUCAUUUGAUGCUUCAUCAAGAUAUUCUCUUUUGUACACUGCAAACUUUGCACGACUAUUUGGAAGUAGUGGGUGGUCUCCUGCCCAAGGGGAUAAACAUCCUUGGCUUCAGAUAGACUUGAAGAGGAAAUAUAAAAUAAUGGGAGUUGCGACUCAGGGAACCUAUAACACUUAUUACGAUUGGGUGACCCGGUACAUCCUGCUGUAUGGGGAUCGUCCAGACAGCUGGAAACCAUUUUUUCAGCUGGGCACUAACUGGACCUUUUUUGGCAAUGUCAAUACAUCUGGGGUGAUUGAACAUCGUCUCCACUAUCCUAUCAAGGCUCGCUACGUCCGCUUCAUUCCUGUGGCCUGGAACCCAAAAGGAAAGAUAGGACUUCGAGUGGCAUUGUAUGGCUGUGAAUACAACCAUGAUGUCCUGUCAUUUGAUGGCGAUGACCUUAUUUCAUACCAGUUCAGGAAGAAAACUAAUCGCACACUGGAAGAUGACAUCUCUUUUAAUUUUAAAACACUGGAGAAGGAAGGAGUACUAAUGCAUGCUGAGGGGACUCAAGGCGACUACAUCACACUGGAGUUACUGAAGGCUCAGCUAUUCUUCAGGAUGAGUCUCGGCAACAGCCCCCUCCAUCCAGUAGAUAGUCACACAGUUGCCACACUGGGGAGUUUGCUGGAUGACCAGGCGUGGCAUUCCAUAUAUAUUCAGCGCAAUGGACGUGACCUCAACAUAACUCUAGAUGGAGAAGUACAAAGGAUACGAUGCAAAGGGGACUUCGACCAGCUAGACCUGGACACUGAGAUAUUUUUUGCUGGUAUUGCAUAUCAGGAUAAAAGCAUCUCGCAUAAGCAGAACUUUCGUGGUUGCUUGGAGAAUAUUAUCUAUAAUAAUGUUCGCAUUGCUGAUCUUGCCAGGAGAAACAAAUCAUCCAUCCGUAUUAUGGGUCGUGUACGUACCUCCUGUAUGGAAAUGCCUUAUGUUCCUGUCACAUUUUCUGGCAUCAAUAACUACCUAAUGGUGCCAGGGGUUCCAGCCAACAUUAAGAUGAUGGUAAGCUUUAAAUUCCGGACCUGGGACACCAUUGGCCUUUUGCUCUUCACCAAUUUUGCUGGUUCCAUGGGAUCACUGGAAAUGGCAUUGAGUGAGGGUCAAAUCAACGUCACCAUCUCCCAACCAAACAGGAAGAAGCUGGUGUUUGCCGCUGGAUAUCGACUGAACGAUGGCUUCUGGCACUCUGUCUCCCUGGUAGCCAGAGAAAAUUCUGCUGUGGUGGUUAUUGAUGACGAUGAAGGAGCACAAUUCAAAAUUAAUUAUCAGUUCCAGCUUCGGACAGGAGAUUCAUACUACUUUGGAGGAUGUCCAAAGCCAAAUACUGGAUCAGGGUGCUAUUCCAACCAGACAGCCUUCCAUGGCUGCAUGCAGCUACUCAAUGUGGAUGGGCAGCCGGUGGAUUUCCAUCGUAUGCAGCUGGGCUGGCUGGGGCGGUUCUCAGAGGUCAUGUUCAAUGUCUGUGCUAUUGCUGAUAGAUGCAGGCCAAAUCCCUGUGAACAUGGAGGUCGCUGCUACCAGUCUUGGGAUGACUUCUUCUGCAUCUGUGACAUGACUGGUUACAAGGGGGAAACCUGCCAUAAAUCUCUUUUCAAGGAAAACUGUGAUGCCUACAGAAUUAGCGGCAAAUACUCUAGCAAUUACACUGUGGACCCAGAUGGCAGUGGACCGUUAAAGCCUUUCACUGUCUACUGUGACAUUUCUGAGGAAAGAGCUUGGACCAUAGUACAACAUGACCGGUACUAUCGCACUAGAAUUGUUGGCUCCAGUCCGGAGCAGCCGUUCUUAGGAGAGGUGCAUUACUGGAAUUCUUCGUGGGGAGAGGUGUCUGCAUUGGCCAAUGGAUCAGAAUACUGUGAACAGAUGAUAGAGUUCUCCUGCUACAAGUCUAGGCUCCUCAAUACACCAAUGGGAUUGCCAUACAGCUUUUGGAUGGGAAGAAAUAACGAAAGACAUUUUUACUGGGGUGGCUCUAACCCUGGAAUUCAGAGAUGUGCCUGUGGCAUCGAGAAAAGAUGUGCGGACCCCAAAUUGUACUGUAACUGUGAUGCUGAUCACCUUCAGUGGAGAUAUGACAAAGGUUUAUUGACCUUCCGUGAUCAUCUACCAGUGACCCAAGUGGUUGUGGGAGAUACCAACCGCACUAGUUCUGAGGCUUGGUUUUCAGUUGGACCGCUGCGCUGCUAUGGAGACAGAAACUCAUGGAAUACUGUGACCUUUAUGAAGGCAGCACGUCUCAUUUUCCCAACCUUCACACCUGGGAACAGUAUGGACAUCUCCUUCUAUUUCAAGACCACAUCCCUCUCAGGAACCUUUCUGGAGAAUAUGGCCAGUGACUUCACGAUCUUUAUCAGAAUAGAGAUGAACACAACAACUGACUUGGCAUUUAUUUAUGACAUUGGCAAUGGCCAUGAAAAUGUGACUGUAAAAUCGCCACUUCCUCUAAAUGACAAUGAAUGGCACGAAGUAAAAGCAGAAAUGAACGUCAAACUCGCUCGAAUCAAAGUGGACAGACUUCCAUGGGUGAUCCGUAACUUCCCUAUCCAGACCUACCUGAACACCUCAUAUGACCGACCACUUUACGUAGGCUCUGCAGACUACAGAUUGAAGCCAUACAUUGGUUGUCUCCGUGGUCUUCGGAUGAAUGGUCUGACUUUAGACUUAGAAGGAAAGGCAAUUGAAAGAUUAGGUGUGAGGACCAACUGCACAGGCCACUGUGAGAGACCACAGAUGGAGUGCCAGAACGGGGCCCGCUGUGUAGAGCGAUACAGUUACUAUACCUGUGACUGCAACGGAACUGGCUUUGAAGGACCAUUUUGCACCAGAGACAUCGGCGCGUAUUUUGAGGCAGGGACAUGGCUACGUCACAAUAUACUUUCAGCUGGCAUGGUUGCUGCCCAGGAAUUUGCCAAAGUUAUUAUGUUUCUUCCCCUUUAUGUCAGCAACUUAACCCGUGAGGAAAUUUCAUUUAGCUUUAGGACCAACACAGCACCAGCUGUUCUACUGUACAUUAGCACUUUCGGCACAGAUUACAUAGCCUUCCUUCUCAGGCCAGAGGGAACUUUACAGUUAAAUUAUCAACUGAGGAGCAAUAGUCCAAAUAUCUUUCAGCUAAGCAAGAGGAACAUGACAGAUGGUAGACCACACAGAGUUAAUGUUACCAGGGAUUACCGUACCCUUUACAUUCAGGUGGAUUAUUAUGACACAGUGGAGAAGCAGUUCUACUUAUGGGAAGAUCCGAAGUUUGAUUCACCAAAAGCUCUUUACCUGGGAAGGGUUGUAGAGACUGGAACAAUAGAUUCAGAAGUGCAAAAAUUUAACACCCCAGGUUUCAUAGGAUGCCUAGCUGAUGUGCGCUUCAACAAUAUCACACCAAUACGAGAUAUCUUCCGAAACCCUAAAGCAUCAGAAGUGAUCACCGUAAAAGGUUCCCUGGUGGAAUCAAACUGUGGGGCCAUGCCAGUGAAAGUCUACCAUUUUCCAUAUGAACUGGACCCAUGGUAUAUGGGAACAGUAUUUCCUCAUGUACAUGAUGAUGGUCUUGCUGGGAUCAUUGCAUUCGUAGUGAUCUUCUUGUUCCUCAUUGGGAUUGCGGCUCUAUUUCUGGUUUACCAUUAUUUUCACCGAUAUAAAGGUUCUUAUCUUACCAAUGAACCCAAAGCUAUAGACACUCCCAGUGCUUCAAAGUCUUCCUCGGCAAGAAAAGAGAAGCCCCUUCCUCAAAUUGAGGAGGAAGGAGGGACGGCAGAAUAGCCCUAGGCUGUGGGGGAGCAGCGUCCAGGAAGCAGCAGCCAUCAGUUCAGGAUGUCCAGGAACUAAUGCCAUGGGCACGUUGAGAUACUCCUAUUUGUUGGUCCAAUGUGUUUUUGUGGACAGUGGUUGGGGGUGAACCACAGAAUAACAAGAACAAUGGACAAUAAUAGAGGUAUCUUCAGCUGGAUCAGUGAAGGAAGAGCAAGGUCUUUGUGGAGUAAGUAUCCCAUUCAUCUUCAGCUUGUUAUCUUAUCCAACCAACCCUCCAAACUGCACAAGCAAGUGUUAGAAUCUGCUUGUUCUACUUGUUGUUGUCUCUGUAUUUCUAGUAAAGGAUUUAAUGAUC